UUUGAAAUGCUUUUUUUGGGGCUAAUAGUAACAUAAGCGAUCAGAGCAGAAUUUUUCAUGUCAAGGCCUUCCUGUUGUUAUUCUGAAAAACUCAAUUAAUUAAUAUCUUCUUUUGUUUCAUUCAUCCAUCAGAAAUCAAUACUUCUGCACACCUCCACCAUCUGUAAAUCUUCGUUGCUGUUAAAGUGAUAAUUCCUUUUUCAUCAGUGAGCAAUUAUCUGUCUUUAGACUUCCUUCAUGUCACAAUACGAGCUUUGCUGCGUCUCCUGCCAAUUCAUUUCAAAUCAUUAUUCCCUUAAGGCUAAGUAGUCCUGUGAUUCUCCUCUCCUCAUGAUGAUCCCUUUUUCCUCUAAGUGCAUCUCAAAUAUUCAAUAACCUGCUCGCUUCAGUCUAAUUUGUUUCCUCCUGCAUUUUUUUUUCUUUUCUCUCCUUUAUUUUUUACCGUGUCUAUCCCAUCGAUUUUCCAUCCUUUUUAUGUCCAAUCAAAUGUUUCCGUCUUCAUCCUUCUGCCCUCCUUCUUUCCCUCCCUCUCCUCUCUCUUCAGCUGUCCAUGGAGGACACAACGUCCAUUCUGCCUCGUCUCAAGAGGAAGUCUGCCAACACCUAUGGGAUCGGUGCCCUGGCUAAGUCCUCUCUGUCAGGUGUGACCCGCUCCAUGAAGGACAAGGUGACCAAACCCACAGCCAUGGCCCAGGGGCGAGUUGCUCACAUGAUCGAGUGGCAGAGCUGGGGGAAGCCCUCGGCGGGGCCGCCCGGAGGCGCGGGACGCACCAACCUGCAGAGGGAGAAGGAGAGGAGGAUGGAGAACGACGCCUACAGCGACCUCAGUGACGGUGAAAAGGAGGCUCGCUUUGCUGCAGGCAUCAUGCAACAGUUUGCCAUCUCUGAAGCAACCCUGUUUGGCUGGAACUCCAUGGACGGUGACAGUAUGGGUGCUGGCUCCAACCAGGGCAGCGUCGCUCAUCUUAGUGAGGUCAACCAGGAGAGCAUCACCAGCAGAGACCAGGUUCUCCAUCACUCCUCUGCAGACGUCUGGCCUCACACCUACGUCUCACAAGGCUUGUACUGCCUGUCGUCUUCUGACGGCUGGGACCCAAUCACCAGCCAGCCUUCGGGCGUUGCCUCACCUGCUGCAGGCUCCUACAUCAUGGCUGCUGGCGGCAGCGGGGCGGGGGUUACACCUGGCGACGGCUACGAGGGGACGGUGGGCGGCUACCUUCAGCAGCACCACGCUCAGCUGGCCUUCCAACAGCAAAGUCAACUCCAGCAGCUUCAGCAGCUUCAUCAUUUUCAACAGCACCAGUUUCUGCAGUAUCAACAACAGCAACAGUCUCUGGAGCACAGGCUACACAGCAACUCCCAUUCUCUCCAAGCCACUCCGAACAGCACCAUCCACAGCCUUGGCCCACCUGCUCACCCUCGGCUAGCCGACCUCUGGGGAGCGGCGCAGGUCGAGGCGCACCAGGUGGAGAUUGUUGGACAGCUGAACUCACAGAUGGUGGACAUGGUUGGAGGAAUGGUGGAUAUGGUUGGAGAGGAACCAGACCCCAAGUCCGGAGGGAUCCCGGAACAUGAGGAGGAGGACGAAGAGUACACAAGACUAGAAGAGGUGACUUUAACUCUGGAGCCAGAGCCGUGUUCCCUGACGCCGUCCCCGCUGAAGGAGGAGGCGUCGUCCACCAGAGGUUCCAGCCCCGGAAUACCAGCACAGACUACCGAAUCCAUUGCAGAGAGAAUACCAUUUGACGUCUCGCCAUGUGGCAUCGCCAAAGAUGAGGAGGCAGAGGAAGGCUCCAUGGUCAUCGUUGCAACCAACUGAACUACAAAAGAACAAAAACUGGAUGUGCAAAUACCCCAAUAAUCAGUCAAGCUAUUAUCCCCUACCCCACCCAUAUAUUUACCCUCAUGGAGAUGAAGGAAUAUCUUUUUUUUUUGGAAACGUUGGGAUGUAAUGUACACAAACAACUGUUUUCUCUUCCCAGUUUAGUGUGAAAAAUGGGAAACAAACAAGAGGAUGUGAACUGAGUGAUGGACUCUUCCAAAUGUUUGGGACAAAGAGCCAGGACUGAAAUGCAAUAUCCUCAAGAGAACAAAAAAAGCAAACGAAAAACAAAAAAAGCUGAAAAAGAAACAUUUUAAGGGCCUAUCUGAGAUUACAAUGCAAUAUAUUAACCAACCACACAAAGCUGGGUUGGUGCGGGAUCCAGAGUAGGAACAGAAGAUGCUCAGCAGGGCCAGGAGAACCUGAUUUGCUGCAUCGUGUGUUGUGGUUGGAAUGCAGAACAUGUGAGAGAUGCACCUGCAGACACACAAGCUGACCACAACCAAAAAAACAUGCAUGCUUUUUGACAGUGACCCUGCCCUAACAGUAUAACGCAGUAUACAAAGUAAUACUAUAACAAAUUGCUUUUUCUUUUUUUAGAAAAAAAAGUUUAAAAAAUACAAAAAAAAAUAUGUAUUUGUAUGAAUGUAAGACAGUAUGUAAGGUUGUAUGAAUGUAGCUCAUUUGUUUGUGUGUAAAAUAUAUAUUUAUUCUGAAAAACAAA